GCCAUAUGUUGUUAUAUAUAAACAAGAGCACAUGCAUUACCACUGUCCUGUGAAUCUGAAUGGUAUGGGAACAGUUUUUAGAAGGAGAAAAAGUAUUGAUGUCAGUGUUAGCAGACCCUAACUUUGUGGUGGGAUGCCAGCCAGCAGCUACUGUUGUACAUGUGUGUACUGUAGGUGACUGGUCAUCAUGAAGUGGGCACAUGAUAUCUGGCUAGAAUUGAAAUUGAACAGCCAAGACAAUCCCUUCAUUUCCCUGAUGGCAUUGGUAAUUGCUAGGUGAUUUCUCGGUAUUACUGCCUCCUGUAUUGGGUGAGAAGAUGAGGUCCGACAUAAACUCAACAACUUUAUCCAGUGCAGGGAUGGAGAGUAGCGUGUCCAUUGACAACCUGUACCCUGCCAUUAUCCAGUGCUUUGUCAUCAUCCUGUCGGGCUAUAUCGCUGGACGAGUUAGCCUCAUCUCUGCAGCACAGAGUCGAGGGAUAGGGCUUUUUGUGUCAAACUUCUGUCUCCCAUCUCUCCUGUUUAAAAACAUGUGUAUACUUGACUUCAGCGUUGUGAACUGGUUGUUUUUGACCAGUAUAUUGAUAUCAAAAUCUGUUGUUUUUUUCUUGGUGGUGUUGGUGACGUUGGUUGCUAAGCGACCUCUAAAUUACGGCUAUGCAGGAAUGUACGGAAUAUUCUCCACCCAGAGUAAUGACUUUGCUCUUGGCUACCCCAUCAUCCAGGCCCUGUAUGGGAAGUCCCAUCCUGAGUACCUGAAGUACAUCUACUUGAUAGCUCCAAUCUCUGUGGUGUUCUUGAACCCCAUUGGGUUUGUUUUGUUGGAGAUACAGAAACGACGUGUCCAGUCUGCGAAAGAUUCCUCGGGAGGUCAUGCCCUCGGAAGGGAAGGCGAGUCGUUGCUAGGCAAUGCCGCAUCAACCCAAAGGAAGCUUGAGGCUACCCCUCACACAAGCACAGCAAUGGUAGUCAUGCAUGUAAUCAAGGGAGUCAUUUCAAAUCCCAUUGUCUUUAUGACCAUCAUUGGGAUUAUUGGGAACUUCGUCUUCAAGCACGAACUCCCUGCGGUCUUGGACGGCCUUCUGACUACUCUUGGUGAUGCCUUCAGUGCUACAGCCUUGUUUUACCUAGGCCUCAGUCUGGUAGGCAAGGUAUCCGGGUCAGUCGGCAUAGGUCUGCUGUUACCUCUACUUCUCAUAGCAGCUAAGGCACUGGUGUUACCAUUGGUAAUAUGGCAGAUUGUAGGUGCUAUGGAGAGGACAUCUACAGCCAAUAACAGCGAUCCCAACAGCACUAUAUCACUGAGCAUGUAUGGAUUUCUCUAUGGUACAUUCCCCACUGCACCUUCUGUGUUCUUGUAUGCCAGUCAGUACUCAAUUGCCCAAGAAACGGUCGCGACAGGGAUGGUGGCUGGGACAUUCUUCUCUGCUCCGAUGAUGUUCAUGUCAGCUAAAAUGUUGACUGUGGUGGUCAACAGUGAGAUGGACUACAAGACGUUGCUGUUGGAGACAUCAUUUGAUACCAGCAUCAUUAGUGUUGUCUGCUGUGUUUGGGUGCUUGGAAUCCUAUUAUUUAGUAAGAGAUACAAGAAGAUGCCACACCAGUUUCUUGUCUGCCUUGUUUUUUCACAUCUGUUGUCCUGUGUUGGUAUGAUUAUUUACAAUGGUCAAGACUGUGGUCAGUUGUCAUGGAAACACUAUCUCCAGUUUACACUGAUCCUGGUCGGAGUGUUUGCCACCCGUUGCUGGACUGCUGUGAUUUCUCUGACACUUUACAUGCUCCAUUGUCGUAGUUUGUGUUCUGUUCUACGCUUCAAGGCCUGGAUGUAUCUGUUUGGGUUUGGGUUCCCUGUAUUCUGUACUGGGUUGCUGUUUAUUUUGGGAUCCCACCACGUCCAUGAUGAGAUUGACCCCUCCUUCCACUACGGAUCAGAUCAGUCAAUUCUGUCUGUGAUAGUGCUGGCUUUGUGUAGUGUGAUCAACAUUGUAUGUCUGAUACUAAAGCAGAGGAACAGCCGAUAUCGACCUGAGUCACAGAACUCCCUAGACUCAGACAGUACAAGAGACUCCACAAAUCUCCAGCGUCAGAAGACACGCAGAAAAGUGUAUAAGCCAUCUACCCGGGUCAGAUUGCAGUCUGACAACAGUGCAGCUGGUAGAUUUGUGUCAGUGAGUGUCCAAGCUGAUCUAGAAAGCAUGCCUGGCAGUGGGUUUAGCAACAAUGGGUCAUUAAGUGCCAGUGGCUCAUUGAAUGUGAAUACAGAGUGUGAGAGACAGCAAAGAGAAAACAAAAAGGACUGUGAUACCUGUACCGGCGGAUGUUACCAAGAUAAAGACUUUGAGGACAUAGUGCCGUUCCCCAGUGAGAGAGACAACCUACUGUCCUCAGAGACCUCUUCAACCAGUGAUACACCUUCACUUCAGGAGAGCCUCGAGGAUAAAGUUUGUAAAUACGGCACCUGUAACCAGGACCAGAGGCAAGCCUGCACCCGAUUGGUCCGAUCUUAUCACGCAGACACGGCUCUCAUCCAAUCAGAAGAGUCAGGUGUGACAAUAACAAAGAAGUACACAUCCAAGUCCAAAGAUAAUUUCCAGAGUGGGAAGUUUAUGAUCCUGUUGAUUUGUAGCCAAGUGUCAAUGACAGUG